UUCUGUCUGCCAUCCUGAAGCAAAUGGCCGGAAAUUGUCUGGAAGCUGUGGAGCUAACAAGCAGUGGACGCCCUGUCCUACUCCCAUCAGAGAUUGAGUGUUCGCUCCUCUCUGCUGUAGACCUCGAAUGCGAAGACCUCCCCAACUUUCCUAACUUCAAAUCGGGUAUCCUCACCCUCACCACCCACCGCAUUUUAUGGGUCUCCAACUCCUCUUCACAAGGAGCCUCUUCUGCCAUCCCACUUGCCUCCAUUAGCCACAUCUUCACAUCUAAAAAGUCCCUCAAGUCCAUCUUUGCCUCGCCUCGGAUCCGGUUCCAGCUUUCGGUGUCACCCGACGGCCGGGUAGCAAAGUCCGGUUCAGGAUCCAGGUCCGUCGUCGUUACAGUGGUUGUGAGGGGGAAGGGUGCUGAUUUAGACUUGUUUUUGACCAAGUUUUGGGACAACUGGCGGGGAAGAGCGUGGGAGACUGGGAAUGCAGAUGUCACUUCAGGUUCUGAUUCGGUUUCUGGGUCGACUUCUGGGCUAUACACCAAGGAAGGAACGGUGAGGAUGGUCGGGGUGUCUGGAAUACUUAGGAAGGAACAAGAGAUGUGGGAGACAACUGAUAAGAGCUUGCAGGAUGCUUUCCAGGACUUGAAUGCUCUCAUGAGUAAAGCUAAAGAGAUGGUGAUGCUAGCAGAAAAAAUGAGGCAGAAACUUUUAUCCAGCUCGACUUCUCAGAGCAGUGCAGCAGAGGACGGGGAACUGGGUUCCAAACAAGAUAUGCAAGACUGGUUGUUGAGUGUUGGUAUUGUAUCGCCUGUCACCAAAGAGUCUGCAGGUGCUCUUUACCACCAACAAUUAUCCCGUCAGUUGGCAGAUUUUGUCAGGCUUCCACUUGAGAGAGCUGGAGGAAUGAUGAAUCUUAUAGAUAUUUACUGUCUCUUCAAUCGUGCUCGAGGAACAGAAUUGAUCUCCCCAGAGGAUUUGCUGCAAGCAUGUUUUCUUUGGGAGAAGUUUGAUGUCCCAGUAAUGCUUCGGAAGUUUGAUAGUGGUGUGAUGGUGAUCCAGAAUAAGACCCACAGUGAUGAAGAGAUUUUUGCUAGAAUUAAGAGCCUUGCAACAAAGCCCGAUGCUCUUCGUACUGGGAUAAGUGCGAGUGAUGCUGCAAUCACACUAGGUAUUGCGCCAGGCAUGGCGAAGGAGCAUCUUCUAACUGCUGAAAGCAGAGGUAUUCUCUGCAGGGAUAUUAGCCCGGAUGGCUUUCGCUUUUAUAUCAACCUGUUUCCAGAAAUAGAUCCAAACAAUGUUUACUUAGUGAAAGAUUAUGGAGUCUAUGACACAUGGUCAAGGGUGGCCUCUGCUUCUGGAUGAGAGAUGAUUUGUGCACUAACCCGUGUUUACAUUCGCAUGCGGGUAUACUGAUGAAUACAGAUAAGUUUUCAGGAAAGUUUAUGUAUGUUGGACAUCCCAAUUUACAUCUUGGUGAUUGCAGACUUGAUCUUGCAGAACCAUGCAUCAACUACUUGUGACAUGCAGUUUUUUUUGUUGGAUGUUGGUGAUACUUGUCCUGUACGUGAACAGAAGUUUUCGUUGGAAGAGGUAGGGGGAAGCUUUGAUUAUUACUGCUAACAUUGUCUGAGCCAUCUUCCCUCACCACCCUCAUCCUUGAAACAAUUCAAUCAUUUAUACAUGCACUUGGCCCAACUUGUGGUGGUAAAAGAUGAAUAAAGCAGCAUAACAGGUUUGUUUCAUCUGGUGGCAAUGCUAUUACAACGUGUUUUUGGGCGCAAGGCUGAGGAACAAUGCUAUUACUAGUUAUACUGUAUAUAAUUUACCUAUAACCCAAUACCGACUUAAAUUUUAAUAUUCAGUCGAUCAUAUCUCUUUCGUGGUGUAGGCACCUUUGUUUGAGUGCCCCUUUGAUUCC